GUCUGUUUUCGCUUGUACUACUUUUAUUAGUGACAACAUGUAUCUUUGGUCAGAUGCGACCAAUAAAAAUCGGAGCAAUUUUUCACAAAGGCGAAGAACAUCUUCAAUCUGUAUUCUCAAGAGCAAUCUCUGACACAAAAAAUGAAAACCAUGAACUCGUAUUUGAACUUGUAGCAGUCAUUAAGUACAUCGAAGGCAAUACCGACAGCUUUAUGACUGCUAUAGCUGCUUGUGAACUUCUUGAGGAAGGGGUGGCAGCCAUUUUCGGGCCUUCAAGUCGGUAUACUAGUGGCAUAGUUGCGAGUAUUGCUGCGAGAUUUGAUAUUCCGCAUAUAGAGUAUGUUUGGCGAGAAAACAAAGGAAAGGAAAACCAGAAGAAAGCUUCAUCAUUAAUGACCAUAAACAUAUUCCCUGCCAGUGAACAAGUUAGCCAGGCUAUCGUCGAUGUUAUUAAGUCAAUGAACUGGCGAAAAUUCGCAGCGAUUUAUGAAACUGAUGAAGGACUGUCACGUCUUCAGAAAACUUUGAUUCUAAAAGGAGACAAGAACGAUCCGAUUAUACAUACAGCAUGGAAGCUUGACGAAGGACCGGAUUAUCGCUCAAUGCUUAAACAGAUACGCUAUUUGCCAGUGCGCAAUAUAAUUAUCGAUGUUAAGCCGGAAAAUAUCAUGAAAGUGCUCCAUCAGACAAAGGAAGUCGGUUUACUAUCAGAUUAUUCCGACUUCGUAAUUACAUAUUUGGAUUCAUCCAUACUACCUAUUGUCGAGAUGAUAAAUGAUACCUCUAAUAUCAUUGGACUAAGCAUAAGAGAGAAUAAUGACAUAAAAGGAAUUGAUUCGCUAGAUUCAGCGGUCCUCUAUGACGCAGUAUUUUUGUUGCAUACAGCAUUAAAGACUCUAAAUACAAGAAAUAUUGAAAAUGAAGUAGAUAUAUUCAUUGAUCCUAUACCACUUUCUUGUACUAAUACUAGAAAGUAUCAAGUAGGACCUAAUAUUACUAAUAUUAUGCGCGAGAAUGCACCCUAUAUUAUGGAAGUGAUCGAUGGUUCAACGCGAGGAGUACUAAUUGGUCAAAAACGCUAUGAAGGUUAUUGCAUCGAUCUGAUUAAUCUUAUCGCAAAAUUUCUAGGUUUUAAAAACGUAGUAUUCCAACUCGUAACUGAUGGAUAUGGCAGUUAUAAUUCAGAAACGAGGAAAUGGAAUGGUCUAAUCAGAAGCAUUCUGGAUUAUGAAGCCGAUUUUGCUAUAUCCGAUUUAACGAUAACAUCCCAUCGCGCGAGCGUUGUGGAUUUCAGUUUACCUUUCAUGAUCUCGGGUUUCAGCAUAAUAAUUAGCAAACCGGAAAAGCAAACGUCAUCUUUUUUCCCAGUCUUAAUACCUUUCUCUAUAGAAGUAUGGCUCUCCAUGGCUAUUGCUUGUCUCGUCGUAUCAAUAAUGUUAUUUCUUCAGGCAAGAAUGGCACCUGAUAAGUCGAACAAUCCGCAUCUAUGCAAUGCUGAUCCUGAAAAAAAUAAUUUCAAAAAUUCGUUCUACUUGACUAUUGGUUGUUUUAUGCAACAAGGUUCAAACAUACGGCCCAAAGCAUCAUCUCUGCGCAUACUUGCAAGUAUGUGGUGGUUCUUUACUUUAAUUAUGUACAGCUCGUAUACAGCGAAUCAAGCUGCCUUUCUCAAUAUGGACAAAAUAUCUGUUAAAGGAAUUGAGGAUUUGCCCAAACAGACAAAAAUUAAAUAUGGUGCACUAAAGAAUGGCGCAACAGCAACAUUCUUCCAAAAGUCGACUUACUUAACGUACAAACAAAUAUGGAUUGCAAUGGAGAAUUCUAAACCAAGCGUAUUCACAUCAAGUUAUGAAGAAGGUAUCAACCGAGUUAUCCAUGGCGAAGGACGAUACGCCUUUCUCAUGGAAAGUGGCGCUAUUGAAUAUAUUACGGAGCGCGAAUGCAAUCUAAUUAAAAUAGGCAGCGUAUUCGAAAACAGAGGCUAUGGCAUUGCUAUGCCACGUAAUUCUGUAUACAGAGAAGUUAUUGACAUUGCAAUCCAGGCGUUUAAAGAGGUAGGAGAGCUGGAGACACUCAAAAAAAGGUGGUGGCAAGAAAGAGGAGGAGGUUUGUGCAAAAAAGAUGAAAUGGAAAAUAAUGAAAGCACGAAUCAAUUAGGGAUAGCAAGCCUCAAAGGUGUAUUCUUCGUUCUAAUGUGUGGUUGUAGCGUUUCGUUCUUUAUCGCAAUUUGCGAAUUUCUGUGGAAUGUACGUAAAAUCGCUGUGACAGAGAAGAUGACGCCGUGGGAAGUGCUAGUUGCCGAGUUAAAAUUCGCCGUAAACGUCUUCGCAAUUACGAAACCCGUUAAAAUUGCCAAAAGCAGUAACAUAAGUUCUAGGAAAGGUGGACUUGACAGCACUUCAUCUACGGCUUGAUCUAUUUGUUGAUUCUUUCUUAUGUAUUGAUGUGUUCGGUAAAUUCGAUGAAAACCAUAAUAGAAACAAAUGUAUGUGAUGAUCAUGAAAUUAAUUAGUUAUUGCCAAGGGAAUUUAAGUUUAACCACGAAUUUUUUUUAAUAAUAAAAGAACACUUACGUUGA